AGGGACUGAGAAAUAAGCAGUUUACAGGUUUGCAAACCAUAACCAAAGACAAUUCUAGUGGCACUAUGUGCGCCAUCGCUUGCUGGAACAUGGGCGCCUGCAACGCUAUGAGUCAAAGUGCUUCGACCAGAACGUGCAAGCUGCAUACUGGGGCCGACCUGGAAGGCACCCUCCUGCAGGACCCGGAAUGGGUGUAUUUCCCCUGGCGAGGUUUCGAGGAAUCUGACUACUACAAUUAUUACGAUGAGAUGAUGACCGCGGCUUGCACUGCAAUGAACUCGGCGGGAGGUUUGACGUUUGCUCCAAGAGCUAACAGCGGAACAAAUUGCGGGAAUAUGUGCACCACCUGGGGGCAGGCAGACGCGGAAUUAGCUGGAUACAGCACAUUCCAUUGUGUCGGUUGGUUAUCUGUCAACAUAAACGCAACCCGGCUGUCGGCGACCUAUCAACAGGACACAUACCUAACUGGACUGGGAACACACAGAAGUGUGGACUGCGGACAGCUGACCAAUGCCGUAAACGCUCAGUCAUACUGCUGUUGUCGUGCUAGUUAAACGAUGUCGCGUGUGUCACUGUAUAAUUACCCACGCUAUAACUUUCAGGUGUCUAUAGAUGUGUCAUUUUGUUAAAACCAGUGUAAUUUAAUGUGGGAAAAUAUACCGUCUGGUUUCAGGGGUUUCUAAAAUAGUAUGCGUGUGUACUUGGACAUAAUAACGACUAUUAUGUCCAAGGUGUGUACAAAAAUUAUGUAAGUGCCAAACAAUUAUUUUGUAACGGACUACUAGCGCACCCUGUGGGCAGAGAGUACUAAGAAUUCUCUUUACGCACUGUAUACCACUCUUUUGAUAGAGCUGUUAUUUUGAUCGGUAACAGGACCGUAUAUUGUUAUAUCCGAUGGGCAGUGACACUUCUCUGUUAAAAAUUAGUGGUACUGACUGAGCGCAACGUUGGAUUAUUGCUGUAAUACUACGUCAAGAAUUAGAAUUUUUGAAACCUACUCUUAGAAGGUAAUUGGCAUCAUUGGUUUGUUAGUUAACAAGCUUACUCAAAAAGGACGGAUUUUGAAUAGACACGCAUUGGACAAAUUACAACAUGUCUAAUUUUGGUUGUGAACCAUUAAUUUUGAUAAUGAUGAUGAUUUUGAUUAAUAAUGAUAAUUAAGCUGCUU